CCUGUGCGCCGCGUUGUAGCCCGUGUUGUAGGUCCAUCACGCUUUUUUUUUUUUAAAUUUUGGACCCGCAGCAGGAUGGCUUGUGAAAUCUCCAGAGACACCGUGGAGCAGGACCGGGCCGAGAACACUGAGGACAGAGUAGUGAGGAGAGACGGUGUGCUUCGCUCCAUGCUGCGCGGCCUCUUUUGGCCAUUUGGCAUUGUGGUACGUGCAUACCACGGGGUUUGGUGGGUCCUGGGCUUCCGGCAACCAAGGGAGAUGACCGUCGUUAACCCCGCGGUUCCCAGCCCUGCACGCCAGAGCCUCGCGGGCCGCAAGCGCCUGCGCCGGGUCACCCGCCUGGUUCUGUCCAUCCUGCCCCGCUGGGUGCAGGGCGCCCUGGGCUACCCGGUGUCCAGCAGCAUUGGGCGCUGCCUCUCCCCAGAAAUCAGAGUCUCUCCGACUAAGCCCUGUGGAAAGGGCAGCAAGAGAAAGCAGGACGAGUUGGAUGAGGAUGAGGAGGAAGAAGAGGAGCACCAGACCUGGGUGGAGGCGCUCACUCAGGAGCUCGCUGACGAUGAAGGCCCCGAGGAGGAUCCUGAUUAUGAGCCCAGUUCUGUAGAGACGGAGAGCGAAGAGUACCGCUCGCACAACAAUACAGAAAGUGACAUUGAGGUUCAGGGGAAAGGCGUCAUUAUUGAAGACGUAAACACGGAGUUUGAGCCAUCCACUCCAGCUCAAGUUGCAGUUUAAUGUGUCAUAUUGACUGUUAUAUUGUUUUCAAUGUUUUUUGCAUGUUUAUAUAUGAAUAAAAAGUUUUGUCCUUUGCCUUGA